GGCUCCUCCCAUUCCUGGUCUCCUCUGAAUCCUGCCUGGUCGGGACGCUGCCAGCGACGUUUGCAGAAGGGACUGAGAUCGACCCUGCUCUCCCUCCGGGCGUUUCUGAGGGUAAAAGAUUGUGACCAAAGAUUUACCUGCAAGACAACUCUCAGCAUAAAAUAGAAAUUCAGCCCAAGGCAGCGGCCGUCAGAAGUGAUGGAGCCUGGGAAACUCUUGGAUGCCCCAUCAGACACACGGAACACUUUGAAAAACCACAAAAAAACGCAUGAAUGUUCAGAGUGUGGGAAAUCCUUUACUCUCAGGUCCCUCCUUUUGACCCACAGGAAGGUCCACGAGGGAAGUGGAUCCAGUCAAGGCCUGGAAUGUGAGAAAUCCUUUUCUGGAAAAAACUGCAAAGAUCUUGGAAGCCCCCCAGCACUAAACCCCUAUAAAUGUGAGGAAUAUGAAUUAUGCUUUGGUCAAAGUUCACACCUUUUUACUCAUCAGAAAACCCACACUGGAGAGACACCUUAUCAAUGUCUGGAAUGUGGGAAAUUUUUCUGUGAAAAAGGCACUCUCAGAAAGCACCAGAGGAUUCACACAGGGGAGAAACCCUACAAGUGUUCGGAAUGUGGGAAGAGCUUUUCUCAGAAUUCAGGUCUUUGGCAACAUGAGCAGAUCCAUGCAGGAAUCAAACCUCACAAAUGCUUGGAGUGUGGAAAAUGUUUCACCCAUAGUUCAUCUCUUCGGAGUCAUGAGAAAACACACAGAGGGGAGAAAAAUGAAAAGUGCCUCGAAUGCGGGAAAUGUUUUACCUUGAAAUCAAACCUGCUGAAACAUCAGAGACUCCACACCGGAAUAAGACCCUAUGAAUGCUCAGAAUGUGAGAAACGAUUUCUAACUUCUUCUGAUCUUCUGACACAUCAAAUGGGGCACAAAGACGAGAAACCAUAUAAGUGUGGGGAAUGUGGGAAAGGUUUCCUGGAACUAAGGAAGCUUCAGAGUCAUGAGAGAACCCAUACAGGGGAGAAGCCAUUCAAAUGUGUGGAGUGUGGGAUGUGCUUUUCCUUAAAAUACAAUCUUGUCAGGCAUCAGAGCGUCCACACAGGAGAGAAGCCAUACAGAUGCGGAGAAUGUGGAAAAUGUUUUGCUCAAAAGGGAUACCUUUGGAUUCAUUAUAAAACCCACACAGAGGAGAAGCCCUUUCAGUGCAACAAGUGUGGACAAUUUUAUCGUAGCAUAACAACCCUUAAAAAACAUGCUAAGCUUCACACAGGGAACGAAAUUUCAAAUGUUUAAAGUGUGGGAGAACAUUUGCUGAUUCAUCUUCCCUUAGAAGCUACAGCCAAAUCCAUACAGGGGAGGAGCCCCAGUCACAUAACUUUAAAUUUAAGCAUAAUUUUCAAGAAGAACCUGGUUGUUAAGAAGGGAAUUUCAGCUAAAUGGAAUGGGGGAUUAUAUACUUACGUUGUUAGCUAUUUUUGUCCAUUGGAUCUGGAUUAUUGUUGAUCAAUAGUAGAGCUGAAGAUUUAAAACUAGACACAAAAAUAGUUUUUUCCAUCGCCUUUACUGCUAAACAAAUCAUUCCCUCAACAUUGUCAAACUAUUUACUAAGUUUGCACUACUAUUAAUCUUCUCAUUGUUCCUAUCACCCUUCUCCUUCGACUUAUGACUGUUAACUUUUUUGCUUGUGUCCUUACGGUUUAUAUUGAUUGUUUCCUAAUAUUAUUCAAUUGCUUAUUUGUACCCUAUGACUAUCACUAAGUAUUGUACCUU